AUGUACAGCACCACCGGGUUGGCCGUUGGAAUGGCGAUCGGCGUGCCGACAUUCGUGUUCGUCGUGGUCUUCGUGAUCUUCUGGUAUCGCCAGAAACUGAAGUACAAGGCGGACCUCAAGCAGCACAACGGGAUCGACGACUACGACGAGGUGAACGACCUCGACCUGGAUCACAUGAUCGAUACCCCGAAGGAGAGCCAUGUAAAGGACUUCUCCACGGACGAGCUAGUGGCCGACGGAGGCCAGAGGGCCGUCACCGGCGACAGCGGCGUUGACAGCGGUGUGGCAGGCAGCGGUGUUCUGAUCAAGAACGGCCGCUACUCCAUCCGCAAGGAGUCCAAGAUCAUGGGGCUGCGCAUUGUCCCAAAGAAUCAGAGAGAGCCCGCUCCGCCGAGACCUAUCCACACAGGCACAACCAGCAACAGCAACAGCAACAGCAACAGCAACAGCAACAGCAACAUAGCCACGCCGCUGGAGGACACCCACAGAGACUUGAGCACAAACUCAAACCCGAGUGGCAGCAGGGCGUACAGCGACCUUCGUGGCCACACCCCAGUCGACAACGACAACAACUACAAGGUCUACUACGAGUCCGUGAUACCCGUGUUGCCCGGUUCCGGUCUCGAGCAGAGGGCUUCUGGCUCCUUCGAUGGUCAGGACUCCGCGGUGAAUGCCCCAAACACCCCAAUGAAGGGCGGCAACUCCUUUGCCCGAAAUUCCAACCACUCCGGCACAGAAUUUUACAAGAUGCUCCAGGAGGACUCUCCUUUCUAUCCCCGGUCCCGAAUCACCUCCUUUAAUCCCGGCGAAACCCCUCUACGCAAGUCCAGCGUGCCCAACGUGGCCUCCUCCGUGAACUCGCAUGAUUUUUCAAAGACACAUCGGAGCCAGCAGCAGCAGCAGCAACAGCAGCAGCAACAGCUCUUCCACUCCCCGAGCCAAUCCUCCACGGCCGAGGUCUCCCCUUUCGACACCCCGCCAGCACGUACAAGGGUCAGUGAGAGACUCGAGAGAGAGGACAGCACCACCACGUUCGACCACCCAACCUCUAGCAGUGCACAUGAUGCGGACCAUGUGAAAGACACCGCCUCCAACCUCUUCGACCACGCGAUGGAUUCCAUAGAUCAGAGCGACGCCGAUGACACCUCCAACCACAACUCUGCCCUAGAAAGCUCCCCACUCAGAAAGAACAUGCACAGAAGAAUCAACUCUGCAGAGAGCAGAAUCAUACUCGACGGUAAGGAUACAGCGGAGGAAAACUAUAAUAUCAAGAGGAAAGAGUGGCUCGACAAGUACAGGAAGAAGUGA